GCUGUGGAAUUCCGGAACUUUCAUUCAGUUCUCAGUUGUUUCUCGACCAUUACGGAGUUCCGAAAAAUAAAGGGAUUUUAUUCUAGCAACUUUUUUUGCCAAAAAAAAAUUUUAUUUUUUUUUUUCUCGUUAGAAUAAUUAUUUAAUUGGAGAUUCCUUUCUCCCAGCUAGUAAUUUCCCAAAAGAAUCCCAGUGACUAGUAGCAAGUAGAGGGAACAAUGCCGCGUGGAAAGUAUGUGAGCCACAAGGGUCGCAGCCGCCAGUUCACUCCGGCUGAUGAACUGCAGCAGGAACUGGACCGCAUCGAGAGCGACCGUGCUGUCAUUUGGAAUCUAAUGGAUGGUUACUCCCCGAACGGAAAGAAGUCCGGCAAGGACGUGGACACUGAAUCAGAAGACGACUUCCCUCGCUCCAAGGGCGGCUCCUGUGGCGUCCAUAGUCUGAUCGAGAUCUCCAAUCCGAAUCGCCUGGCCUAUGACAAGAUGAGCCUCACCCUGGCCCUGAAGACCGAGGACGACACUGGCGUUAAGCGCCGUCCCGACUCGAAGCGCGAACGCCUCCAGAACCAGAACUUGCUCAAGAGCAGCGAGACCAAGGCCGACCUGGCCCGCCUGGCUCUCGUCCGCAAGGAGCGGGAGGCGGCCGCCGAACGCCGUCUGGCCGCCAAGGAGGCCGCCGCCGCCGCCUCGGCCGCCGGUUCCGAGACAUCUCUGAAGCGCAUCACCCCGAAGCCGUCGGUGGAUGGCCAGUCGGACACCGCCAGUGUCGGUGGCUACCAGAGGAAGUCGCGCAGUGCCCGCAAGAAGUAAUCCCAGACGUCCACGCCAUCAUCCCAAGAUGUUUUAAGCAAAAAGGAAAUAAAUCCUAUUCAUUAAAA